AUGAGCUUCAACGUAAGGUCAAUUCAGUCUGGUUUUCUAACUUUGAAGGAGUAUGUUGUUGACUGUGCUGUCGAUGUCCUGGGUCUCAGUGAGACUUGGCUAACCCCAGAUAUUGAUUCCUCCUCAGUAUUUAUCAACGACUUCAAUGUCGUUAGAGCAGAUCGAAAUAGCAGAGGCGGGGGCGUCGCGUUUUAUGUGAGAAAUGGUAUUGCCUUCAAAAUAUUGCACUCUAAUAUCACCGCAGUAUUGGAAGAACUUUGGAUCUCUGUAAAGGUUAAUCAACGCAAAUAUUGUCUAGCUAUAGUCUACCGUCCACCAUCGGCAAACGUGCUUGACUGUUUUCAUCAAUUAACUGAGUCUUUAACCAACCUUUCACUCGAUAAUGAUUACGCAAUUGUCAUGGGCGAUUUUAAUAUUAAUGUUUUAGUGAACGACGGCCGAUCCGAGAUGCUGAACUGUUUUCUAGAGUCUUUUGAUCUGUCUCAGUUAGUGAAAGAGCCCACACGUAUAACUUCCAAUAGCCAGACAGCUAUAGACUUGCUCAUGGUUAGCUCUGCUGAUAUAAUAAGUAGUUAUGAAGUUGUUGACGUAGAUGGAAUAUCUGACCAUCUAGCCCUAAUAUUUUAUGUAGAUGCAUCGGAGAUAAGCAACCUGUGUAAAUUGAGGACAUAUCGUGAUUACUCUACCUUUAGCCUAGACAAUUUCUACCAUGAUUUACUUUUAAUAAACUGGGAUUUUAUAUAUACGUUGAGAGAUGUGGAUCAAAUGAUUGACUUCCUGAGCUCUAAUAUCUUGUGCACCUUCAACUUGCAUGCUCCUGUCAGAAACAUUCGAGUUACCAAGCCACCAGCUCCUUGGCGAACAUUCAACAUAAAACUCAUGAUGCGAACAAAAAGUGACGCAUAUAAAAAAUUUAAACGUACAGGAACGAUUGCUGCCUGGGAAUUCUAUAAGAAAAUCAGAAAUUAUGUUUCUAGUGCUAUUAGGCGAGAGAAAAAAGCCUACCUCGAUUAUGUUAUGAGACAUAAAAAUUCGAAGACUACAUGGAAUAUACUUAGAUCUUUGAAUAUCGUUAAACAUAACUCCAUAAGUCUACCUCCACAUCUUCAGGAUCUCGAUUCAUUAAAUAGUGCUUUUUUAAACGUACCUCAAACAACCAAAUCAUUAACUCAAUUGAACCUUUUAGACAAAUAUGAAAACGUCAAGAAUAGUGGUACUUUUCUGUUCACGACAGUUUCCCCUGCCACUGUAGCGAAAUUUAUCAAUCGCAUCAAAAGUCAUGCUAAAGGCUCAGAUGGCAUCACAAUUGAUAUGAUCCGUAUAAUACAUAAGCAUUUGCUCAAGUAUAUUACCUUCAUUAUUAACUUUUGUAUAACAAAUAAUCUUUAUCCCUCUUCCUGGAAGAAUGCUCUUGUUCUCCCUCUGCCUAAAUCUAAUUAUCCUUCAAGUUUUUCUGAUCUUCGUCCUAUAAGCAUUUUACCAAGUUUAUCUAAGCUUUUGGAAAUGGCUCUACAUGAGCAGCUGCACACAUUUGUUUGUCAAAAUAAUUUACUGACCUGGGAGGUGGCUUCAGACCAUUACAUAGCACCACCACUGCGCUCCUGUCUAUAUCGGAUAAUAUUUAUAGCGCGGCUGAUCAAGGAAAGCUGUCCUGCUUAG